CUUCUGCUCCUCCCGCCGCCGCCCUGAGUCACUGCCUGCGCAGCUCCGGCUGCCUGGCUCCCUGUGCUAGCCACCGAUAUUUGGCGUUCGUACAACAUGGCAGACAUUGACAGCAAAGUACAGUCUGAACUUGAUCAAGAUUUGGAUGAUGUUGAAGAAGUAGAAGAAGAAGAAACUGGUGAAGAAACAAAAAUCAAAGUGCAUCAGCUGACUGUUCAGAUGAUGCAAAAUCCUCAGAUUCUUGCAGCCCUUCAAGAAAGACUUGAUGGUCUGGUAGAAACACCAACAGGAUACAUUGAAAGCUUGCCUAGGGUAGUUAAAAGACGUGUGAAUGCUCUCAAAAACCUUCAAGUUAAAUGUGCACAGAUAGAAGCCAAGUUCUAUGAGGAAGUUCAUGAUCUUGAAAGAAAGUAUGCUGUUCUCUAUCAACCUCUAUUUGAUAAGCGAUUUGAGAUCACUAAUGCCAUUUAUGAACCUACAGAAGAAUGUGAAUGGAAAGCAGAUGAGGAAGAUGAAAUUUCGGAGGAGCUAAAAGAAAAGGCCAAGAUUUAAGAUGAGAAAAAGGAUGAAGAAAAAGAAGAUCCCAAAGGAAUUCCUGAAUUUUGGUUGACCGUUUUUAAGAAUGUUGACUUGCUCAGUGAUAUGGUUCAGGAACAUGAUGAACCUAUUCUGAAGCACUUGAAAGAUAUUAAAGUGAAGUUCUCAGGUGCUGGUCAGCCUAUGAGUUUUGUCUUGGAAUUUCACUUUGAAUCCAAUGAAUAUUUCACAAAUGAAGUGUUGACAAAGACAUAUAGGAUGAGGUCAGAACCAGAUGAUUCUGAUCCUUUUUCUUUUGAUGGACCAGAAAUUAUGGGUUGUACAGGGUGCCAGAUAGAUUGGAAAAAAGGGAAGAAUGUCACUUUGAAAACCAUUAAGAAGAAGCAGAAACACAAGGGACGUGGGACAGUUCGUACUGUGACCAAAACAGUUUCUAAUGACUCUUUCUUUAAUUUAUUUGCCCCUCCUGAAGUUCCUGAGAGUGGAGAUCUGGAUGAUGAUGCUGAAGUUAUUCUGGCUGCGGACUUUGAAAUUGGUCACUUUUUACGUGAGCUCAUAAUCCCAAGAUCAGUGUUAUACUUUACUGGAGAAGCUAUUGAAGAUGAUGAUGAUGAUUAUGAUGAAGAAGGUGAAGAAGUGGAUGAGGAAGGGGAAGAAGGAGAUGAGGAAAAUGAUCCAGACUAUGACCCAAAGAAGGAUCAAAACCCAGCAGAGUGCAAGCAGCAGUGAAGCAGGAUGGUCUACCUUCUGCUUCCCUGGAAAGGAUGAAUUUACAUCAUUUGACAAGCCUAUUUCAAGUUUUUUGUUGUUUGCUCGUUUUUGUUUUUGCAGCCUAAAAUUAAAAUGUCAAAUAUAAUUUUAGUUCUCCAGAGAUAAUAUCUUAAUUUUG